UGGCAUAUUGGUUAGAAAAAGCCUCGUUUGUCUCACAGGAAGAAGUUGAAAACAUGAAGAAAAGCGACAGUUAGAGAAUUCACUGAACUCACAACAGUGAACUUACGAACUCAGCAUAUUUCAUCUCUUGACUGGAGUAAAAUGUGUUACUGUCAAAACGCAGGGUGCGCGCAUUACAACAAGUGAAUUAAAGUCAACUGGACACAACACGUUGCGCCGGAUCGGUGGUUUAAAGUAACACAACCAAAACUUUAACGUUUGCAGACAUGUCGGAUCACAGUUCCAGUUUUCUUCACAUUGGGGAUAUCGUGUCUCUUUAUGCGGAGGGUGCUGUAAAUGGAUUUAUCAGCACUUUAGGGUUGGUGGAUGACAGAUGUGUGGUGCAACCUGAGACCGGAGAUCUUGCUAACCCGCCGAAGAAAUUCAGAGAUUGUCUCUUCAAGGUUUGUCCUAUGAACAGGUAUUCAGCCCAGAGACAGUUCUGGAAAGCAAAACAAGGGAAACAUGGGAACAACUCACAGGGAGACCUCUUUAAGAAACUACAGCAUGCAGCAGAACUGGAGCAGAAACAAAAUGACACGGAGAACAAGAAAUUGCUGGGGGAAGUUGUCAAGUACAGCAGAGUCGUACAGCUUUUACAUAUAAAGAGUAAUAAGUACCUGACGGUGAAUAAACGUCUGCCGGCUCUGCUUGAGAAGAACGCCAUGCGUGUGUCUCUGGAUCCCUCAGGAAACGAGGGCUCCUGGUUCAAUAUCCAGCCUUUUUGGAAGCUACGCAGUGAAGGGGACAAUGUGGUGGUCGGCGAUAAAGUAGUCUUGAUGCCUGUCAAUGCAGGACAGCCUCUCCAUGCCAGCAACAUUGAACUUCUGGAUAACCGUGGCUGCAAAGAGGUUAACGCUUUGAACUGCAACACCAGUUGGAAGGUCACUCUCUUCAUGAAAUUCAGUGAAUACAGAGAUGAUGUCCUAAAAGGGGGAGAUGUGGUGAGGUUGUUUCAUGCCGAACAAGAAAAGUUUCUUACCUGUGACGAAUACAAGAAGCAGCAGUACGUCUUCUUACGAACUACUCUACGCCAGUCAGCAACCUCCGCUACCAGCUCAAAAGCACUCUGGGAAAUUGAGGUGGUGCACUAUGACCCCUGCAGGGGAGGAGCCGGUCAGUGGAACAGUCUCUUCCGCUUCAAGCACCUUGCCACGGGACACUAUCUUGCCGCAGAGGUAAAUCCAGUUUUUAAGGAACAUAGUAUCGACAUAAAACAUGAGACCGAGAGUCUCAUCAUUCCCCAUAAGAAGAACUGGCUGGCCGAGAAGAUCCCCUACAUCCUUGUCGCGGUGCCCCACGGCAAUGACAUCGCCUCUCUCUUUGAACUGGAUGCUACAACCUUACAGAGAGCAGACUGCCUGGUGCCCAGGAACUCAUAUGUGAGGCUCAGAAACUUGUGCACAAACACCUGGGUGACCAGCACCAACAUUCCCAUCGAUGUUGAGGAGGAGCGACCCGUUAUGCUCAAGAUCGGCACCUGUCAAAUGAAAGAGGACAAGGAGGCGUUCUCCAUCAAUUCUGUCCCCCUGUCAGAGGUCAGAGACUUGGACUUUGCCAACGAUGCCAACAAGGUCCUUGAAUCGUUCGUGCGUAUAUUGGGGAUCAGCAAUUUCCCAGCAACGAAUGAACGCAGGUUUACCACUAAGCUGUUAGAGGAUCUGAUCUUCUUUUUGUGCGAGGUUCCGAACAACGGGCAGGAAGUGCUCUCUGUGGUCAUUUCCAACCCCAACAGAGAAAGGCAGAAACUCAUGAGAGAGCAGAACAUCCUUGCGCAGAUUUUUGGCAUCUUGAAAGCCCCAUGUGCUGACAACAAGGACUCGCCUAUGCCAAAGCUUGAAGAUCUGGGGGACCAGCGCAACGCUCCUUUUAAGUACAUGUUACAGCUUUGUUACAGAAUCCUGCGUCAUUCACAACAGGACUACCGCAAAAAUCAGGAGUACAUAGCCAAAAACUUUUCCAUCAUGCAGGCUCAAAUAGGCUACGAGAUCCUGGCAGAAGACACCAUCACCGCUCUGCUGCACAACAACCGCAAACUGUUGGAGAAGCACAUCACCGCUCAUGAGAUCGAGACCUUUGUCAAACUUCUGCGCAGGAACCGAGAGCCCCGGUUUCUAGAUUAUUUGUCGGACCUCUGUGUCUCCAACAAAACGGCUAUUCCAGUCACUCAGGAACUGAUUUGCAAAUUCAUGUUAAGCUCCACGAACGCAGAUAUCCUCAUUCAGACAAAGAUCAUUCCACAUACGGAAAGCUCUCUGGAGUCAUCUAUGGCCCAUGAGGACAGUGAGGAUGAAGAGGUGUGGCUGUACUGGAUUGACAGCCACAAAGAGCCACAUGGGAAGACCAUCCGCCACCUGGCCCAGGACUUUAAGGAUGGACAAAAGAAGGAUAUUGACAUCAUCACUUACUACAGGUGUCAACUCAAUCUCUUCGCUAAAAUGUGCCUGGACCGGCAGUAUCUGGCCAUCAAUCAGAUAUCCAUACAACUGCCGGUGGAUCUUAUCCUGCGCUGCAUGUUCGACGACUUCCUGCCUUACAACCUGCGCGCAUCCUUUUGCCGUCUAAUGCUACACAUGCAUGUAGACCGGGACCCACAAGAGGCCGUAGUGCCCGUUCGCUAUGCACGUCUAUGGACUGAAAUACCUUCCAAGAUCUCUGUGAAUGAGUAUGAUUAUGAAUUCAGAGACACAUCCAGAGAGGAGAUGAAGAUGAAAUUUGCUCCUACGAUGAGGUUUGUGGACGAGUACCUCAAAGACGUGGUCAAUCAGCUGUACCCUUUUGGAGACAGAGAGAAGAAUGAGUUGACUCUUGAGGUGGUCCACCUGGCACGUAAUCUGGUCUACUUUGGUUUCUACAGCUUUAGUGAGCUGUUGUGUCUCACACGCACCCUGCUGGCCAUCUUGGACAUUGUCCAGCCUUCUUACACAUUUAUGGCCAAACUUAACAAGGGUCCUGAGGGAGGUAAUAAUGUCAUGCGCACCAUCCAUGGUGUGGGUGAGAUGAUGACUCAGAUGGUUCUGAGCAGAGGCUCAAUGAUGAUGCCUCACAUUCUCCCCGACGCCCAGCCAAUCCACGGCAAGCAAAUCUGUCUCCAUGACAACGAGGACGUCAUGGUGAUGGACACCAAGCUCAGGAUUAUUGAGAUUCUGCAGUUUAUUUUGAAUGUGCGACUGGAUUACCGCAUCACCUACUUGCUAUCCAUCUAUAAAAAAGAGUUUGGUGAUCAGACUCUGGACAGUUCUGCCUCAGUGUCAGAAAUUCCCAUCCAGUCUGAGCCAAACAUAGAAGAGAUUGCAGUGAAAGCAGAGCAUAUGUUUUCUGGAAGUUCUAAACAAGGAGGUACUGUGGACAUCGAUAAUGAAGGUGGUCAGACGUUUCUACGCGUGCUUAUUCAUCUCAUCAUGCAGGACUACCCACCAUUGGUCUCUGGCUCUCUGCAGCUCAUCUUCAAACACUUCAGCCAGAGAGCCGAAGUCCUCCAGGCCUUCAAACAGGUCCAGUUGCUGGUUUCUGAGCAAGAUGUUGAGAACUAUAAGCAAAUUAAGGUAAACCUGGACCAGCUGCGUCUGACGGUGGAGAAGUCCGAGCUGUGGGUCGAGAAAAGCGGAAGUUACGGGAAUGAAGACAUCACAGACAAUCAGAACAAGGAGCAGAAUUCGGAGGAAGCGGGUAUUUUGAGUCCAGUACAGGAUGGCACUAAACCUCAGAUCGACAGCAACAAGGCUAACAACUACAAAAUCGUAAAAGAGAUCCUGCAGAGUCUCAGUAAACUCUGCUACCCUGCUAAGAAGAGUCGUGUGCAACAGCAGAGGCUGCUGAAGAACAUGGGAGCUCAUACUGUAGUCCUGGACCUGCUCCAGAUCCCAUUUGAGAAAGGUGAUGAGAAGAUGGACGACAUCAUGACUCUAGCACACACUUUUCUUCAGAACUUUAGCAGAGAUAACCCUCAGAACCAGACGCUGCUGCACAAACACCUCAACCUCUUCCUCACACCUGGGCUUCUCGAAGCAAAGACCAUGUGCUAUAUCUUCAGAAACAACUUCAGCCUCUGCAACGAGAUCAGCGACCGUGUUGUGCACCAUUUCGUGCACUGCAUGGAGAUCCACGGCCGUCACGUGCAGUACCUGCGCUUCCUCCAUACCAUCGUCAAGGCAGACGGCAAAUAUGUGAAGGAGUGUCAGUGUAAAGUUAUGAAUGAGCUGGUGAACGGAGGUGAAGAUGUGCUGGUGUUUUACAACGAUCGUGCCUCCUUCCCCAUGCUGCUGGAAAUGAUGCGCUCCGAGCAGGAGCGCAACGAUGAAAACGGGUCUCUGGCGUAUCACAUCACCCUGGUGGAGCUGCUGGCGGCAUGCACCGAGGGCAAGAACGUCGACACUGAGCUCAAGUGCAAUUCACUACUGCCCCUCGAUGACAUCGUCAAGGUGGUAGUCCAUGAGGACUGCAUUCCAGAGAUAAAAAUGUCUUAUGUGAAUUUUGUGAAUCACUGCUAUGUGGACACUGAAGUGGAGAUGAAGGAGAUCUACACUAGCAAUCACAUUUGGACGCUCUUUAUAAAUUUCCUUGCAGAUAUGUCUAAGGUGUGUGACAGCGCCACAGACAGGAAGCAUGCUGACGCAUCCCUCGAAAAGUACGUCACCGACACCAUCAUGGCCAUCAUCAAGGGCUUCUUCGGCUCCCAGUUUUCAGUCAGCAACUCGAACCUGCAGGCCCAUCAAACGAUAUUCAUUCAUAUUCUGCAAAAUGCCUGCAGACUGUACAACUGCACCUGGCUCAACUCCCUGCAGAAGACUAACAUUGAGUGUUGCAUUAAAACCCUCGCUGACGUGGCUAAAAACCGGGCCAUCCCCAUUCCAGUAGAUCUAGAUGGUCAGGUCAACGUUUUGUCCCUGAAGACACACACCAACAUGGUGCAGCGUGCGGCCAAAGACUGGAGACUGUCCGCCCGCGCCCGGCCACGCAAGGAGCCUUUUGGGGCCCCAGAUUACAAGAACAUCAUUGAGAAACUACAGGGAGUUGUUUCCUGUCUUGAAGAACAGUUCAGUCCUCGGGUGCAGGCAGAGUUCUCAGUAUUAGUAGACGUGCUCCACAGCCCAGAGACGUUGUUUCCCGAGUCGGCGCAGCUACGCUGUGAGACAGGAGUCUUUAUGUCCAAGCUCAUAAAACACACCAAGAAGCUCAUGGAGAAAGAAGAGAAGUUGUGCAUUAAGAUCUUACAGACCCUGCGGGAGAUGCUGGAUAAAAAAGAGACGUUUGAGGAGCAAGGUAACGUGCUGAGGAAGACUCUCCUCACCCAUUACUUCGGCAACCAGCGGCCCCAUGCCAGAUCCCUAGACUACAGCAGUGGAAACAGCUCUUCCUCUGGAGGUGGUUCUCCAGGGCAAGACUCUGAUAAACCAGGCACUAGUGUUGCCGAUAUCCAGUGCAUGUUAGACAGUGUUGGUGCUUCUGAGCUGGUCAUCGAUCUCAUCGUCAGCUCUAAGAAUGACCGUAUCUUUGAGGAGAGCAUUCUGCUGGGCAUCGCUCUCCUUAGAGGAGGGAACACACAGAUCCAGAACUCUUUCUAUAAUCAGCUGCACAAGCAGAAGAAGUCUGAGAAGUUCUUUAAGGUCUUCUACGAUCGCAUGGAACAGGCUCAGAAAGAGAUCCGCUCCAGCGUGUCAGUCAACAUGUUUGAGCUGAGCUGCAGGAAGAGAGAGGAGGAGGGAGAUGGUGUGGGAGUGAGAAAUAAGAAAGUUCGAGAUUCCUUGUACAUCAGAGAGGACGUUCGGGUUCAGCUGAAAGACGCCUCCUCUGUCACCUCCAAGGCGUACAGCACCUUUCGCCGAGAGCUGGACCCUGAUAUGGAGCUGAUGGGGUCCGGAUUGGAAGGGACAGAGGAGGUGGUGGAGGAAACCCAGAUGAGCCAGGCCAUCACCAUCAUGAAGCCCAUCCUACGGUUCCUUCAGCUGCUCUGCGAGAACCAUAACAGGGAUCUGCAGAACUUUCUGCGAGACCAGAACAACAAGACCAAUUAUAACUUGGUGUGCGAGACGCUGCAGUUUCUUGACUGUAUCUGUGGAAGCACCACAGGAGGUUUGGGUCUGCUGGGUCUCUACAUUAAUGAGAGGAAUGUGGACCUGGUCAACCAGACGCUGGAGACCAUCACAGAGUACAGCCAGGGUCCAUGCCACGAGAACCAGUCAUGCAUAGCCAGGCACGAGUCAAAUGGCAUUGACAUCAUCAUCGCACUCAUCGUGAACUCGAUUGAUCCGCUAGGAAAACACCGGCUUGACCUCGUGCUGGAGCUGAAGAACAAUGCAUCUAAACUACUUCUGGCCAUUAUGGAGAGCCGUCAUGAUAGCGAGAAUGCCGAGAAGAUCCUGUACAAGAUGAGACCCAAUGAACUGGUUGAUGUGAUUAAAGAGGCCUACGCUCAGGGAACAGAAAGUGAGAUUGAUCAAGAGACAUCAUAUCAUAUCAAACCUAAAGAUGUUGGCCACAACAUGUACAUCCUGGCCCAUCAGUUGGCACGACAUAGAAAAGACCUCCAGCAGAGUUUGAAACCUGGCCCUGACCUCAGCAUCGAAGGAGAUGACGCGCUCACAUACUUCACCAACCACACCGCACAGAUUGAAAUUGUGCGUCAUGACCGCACCAUGGAACAGAUAGUGUUUCCUGUGCCCAACAUCUGCGAGUACCUAACGGAAGAAUCGAAAGUGCGCGUGUUUACAACCACAGAGAGAGAUGACCAGGGCAGCAAGGUCAAUGAUUUCUUCCAGCAGUUCGACGAUCUCUACAAUGAAAUGAAAUGGCAGAAGAAAAUAAGAAGUAACGCACCACUCUUCUGGGUGUCGAAGCAUAUAUCUUUAUGGGGUAGUAUCUCAUUUAACUUUGCUGUGCUGGUCAAUUUGGCAGUUGCACUUUUCUACCCAUUUGGAGAUGAUGGCGAUGAAGGUACGUUGCCGCCGCUCCUGUGCUUCUUGCUUUGGUUGGCCGUGAUUGUGAGCACCUUCAUGCUAUUUGUGCUGCCUCGGCCUGGUGGCAUCCUGGCGUUCCUGGUCACCAUCAUCCUCCGCUCUAUAUACACACUGGGUUUAGCACCCACGCUGCUGCUCCUGGGGGCUGCCAACCUGCUGAAUAAGAUUGUGUUCCUGGUGAGUUUUGUGGGGAACCAGGGCACGUUCACGCGAGGGUACAAGGCGGUCAUCAUGGACAUUUUCUUCCUUAUCCAUGUCGGUUACGUCAUUGUGUGCAUGUUGGGUCUGUUUGUACACGAGUUCUUCUACAGCAUACUGCUGUUUGAUCUCGUUCGGAGGGAAGAAACGCUUUUGAACGUAAUGAGAAGCGUGACAAAGAACGGACGCUCCAUCUUCCUCACAGCUGUUUUGGCCAUCAUCCUGGUGUACCUCUUCUCCAUCGUGGGAUUCCUCUUCUUUAAAGAUGACUUUCUGAUGGAAGUGGACCAUCACCCUUCAUUAAAGAGACCAAAUAUGAGGGAUUCCAAGAGCUGUUCAAGUGAGACGUGUUCUAACUCCCCCUUUAAACCUCAACACGGGGAGGAAGUAGUUGAUGGUGUAGAACGUGUCUGUGACACCCUGCUGAUGUGUAUCAUUACGGUCCUGAACCACGGGCUGAGGAACGGAGGAGGAAUCGCAGAUGUUCUGCGCAAGCUCUCCAAAGAAGAGCCCAUGUUUCCGGCGCGUGUCGUGUACGACCUCUUGUUCUUCUUCAUCGUCAUCAUCAUUGUGCUAAACCUCAUCUUUGGUGUGAUCAUCGAUACAUUCGCUGACUUGAGGAGUGAGAAACAGCGGAAGGAGGAGAUUCUGAAGACCACCUGCUUUAUUUGUGGCCUUGAAAGAGACAAGUUUGAUAACAAGACCGUGUCUUUCGAGGAACACAUCAAGUCGGAGCACAACAUGUGGCACUAUUUGUACUUUCUUGUCUUGAUCAAGGUGAAAGACCCCACAGAGUACACGGGUCCCGAGAGCUACGUGGCCCAGAUGAUAAAGGAGAAGAAUCUAGACUGGUUUCCAAGGAUGCGGGCCAUGUCUUUAUUGAGCUCUGAGGGAGAGAGCGAACAAAACGAGAUCCGAUUGCUGCAGGAGAGGUUGGACACUACCGUGGCACUGGUGGCACUGCUGUCCAGCCAGCUGGCUGAGCUUAAAGAGCAGAUGACAGAGCAAAGGAAGAAUAAACAGAGAAUGGGCUUCCUGGGACCAUCACAGAUGAACAAUCACAUCCACCCUGCGCACUGAGGACGAACUUAUUCACACAUAGAUGCUCACAUUCACACCAUGAACAACGCAUGGUGAUAUCACACUUUACAUGACACAACAGUAGUUACAUGAACAGAAACGACUAAAGACUAUGGUGUCAUCUCAUUGAAGUGCUUUCUGAUUUAGAAAUCUGAGAGAUUUGGGAGAUUCUGGAAUGUUUUAUUUUGGAAAAUCAUAAACACCGUGCUUGUUACCAGUAUUGUUGAGGCCAGUGUUCAACAGCCCAUUGGGAUCAUGUUUAACUCGGACUGCCUUUGGAACGGCUCUCUGAUUUUUAAACUUAAAGUAUUACCAUUAACAUUUUAAUUGUCAUGUACAUAACUGGAUUAUUGCUGGAAUAACUGGAAACAUAAAGUGCCUAACGCUUUGUACUUUUUUGAAUUAUGGUGCCUUACUGUAUGAUUCUGUUAUGCAAACUAUAGGACUGGAAACAUUAUCGUCUCAUAAUAAGUUAAUGAUGUGACCGUUGGAAUCAAUGUUUUCCACAUCCUACAAAGAUCUAAACCCUCUUGAUCCUAGUCCUAUUCCUCUAAUGAUUUUUACUUUGUUUUUUUAAGUAAAAAUGUGUCUUACAAAGUUGUACAGAGAAUAAUAAAGAAAUUAUAUUUGUUUAGUAGUAUGGAAAGUUUGACUGUGAAUGGCGUAAAACUUUCUUAAAGGGGUAGUUCACAAAAAUAAAAAUUCUUCAUUUA